CCCCUGCCUCACACCCCAAAGAUGCUGCCGCUGCUGCUGCCUCUGCUGUGGGCAGGGUCCCUGGCUCAGGAUUCGAGAUACCGGUUGGAAGUGCCGGGGCCGGUGGCGGUGCAGGAGGGCCUGUGCGUCUUCAUCCCCUGCCAGUUCUCCUACCCCAGGGAAGGCUGGACUGACUCCGACCCAGCUCUCAUUUACUGGUUCCGGGACGGGGCUGAUGUAUUCUAUGAUGCUCCAGUGGCCACUAACCACCCAGAUCGAAGCGUGCAGGGGGAGACCCAGGGCCGAUUCCACCUCCUCGGAGACCCCCAGAACAACUGCUCCCUGGACAUCAGAGAUGCACGGAGGGGGGAUGACGGGAGGUACUUCUUUAGGGUGGAGAGAGGAAGUAUAAAGUGGACUUACAGAUAUCCCAAGCUCUCUGUGCACAUCACAGCCCUGAACCAGACACCCGACAUCCAGAUCCUGGGGACCCUGGAGUCCGGCCACUCCAGCAACCUGACCUGCUCUGUGCCCUGGGCCUGUGAGCGGGGGACGCCCCCCACCUUCUCCUGGACGUCAGCCGCCCUCCCCUCCCUGGGCCCCAGCACCCACCUCUCCCCAGUGCUCACCCUCACCCCACGGCUCCAGGACCACGGCACCAACCUCACCUGCAAGGUGACCUUCCCUGGAGCAGGGGUGACCGUGGAGAGGACCAUCCAGCUCAAUGUCUCCUAUCCUCCGAGGAACCUGACCAUCAGUGUGUUCCGAGAAAAUGGUACAGAACUGAACUACCUGGGCAACAGCUCAGCUCUUCCAGUCCUGGAAGGGGAAUCCCUGCGUCUCGUCUGUGUCGCCGACAGCAACCCCCCUGCCAGGCUGAGCUGGGCCCAGGGGAGCCGAGCCCUGGGCCCCUCACAGCCCUCGGACCCGGGGGUCCUGGAGCUGACUCCAGUACAAACGGAGCAUGAAGGAGAACUUACCUGCAAAGCCGAGAACCCACUGGGCUCGGACCACGUCUCCCUGCUCCUUUCCGUGCUCUACCCCCUGCAGCUGCUUGGCCCCUCCUGCUUCUGGGAGGCCGAGGGUCUGCGCUGCAGCUGCUCCGUCCGAGCCCGGCCGGCCCCCUCCCUGCGCUGGUGGCUCGGGGAGGAGCUGGUGGAGGGGACCCGCGGCAACGCCUCCUUCACGGUCACCUCCAGCGCAGUCGGGCCCUGGGUCCACAGCAACCUGAGCCUCCACGGGGGGCUCGGCCCCGGCCUCCGGCUGAGCUGCGAGGCCCAGAAUGCCCACGGGCACCAGAAGGUCACUGUCCUCCUGCUGCCAGGGAAACCAGUGGCUGGGGCAGGUGUGGUCCAGGGGGCCGUCGCUGGUGCUGGCAUCACCAUCUUGUGUAUUCUCUGCCUCUGCCUCAUCUUCUUCGUAGUGAAGAUCUACAGGAAAAAAUUGGCGCAGGCAGCAAUGAGCAAGGAUGACGUCCAUCCUGUGCUGGGUAUCACUUCCCAGAAGCAACAUAGUCACUUGAAUGAAUCCUGUGCAGACAACGCCUCAGACCCUCUGCCCUCCGUCACGGCCUCAACAGAGGGACAGGAGCUCCACUACGCCUCGCUCAGCUUCCACGGGCUGAGGCCUCGGGACUCCCCGGACCAGGAGGCCAGCAGCAGCAUUGAGUACUCGGAGAUCAAGGUCCGCAAGUGAGGACACGGCCAGAGCCCCAGGGGACGUGGGCGUUGGGGAUGGAUUCUUCAAGGGUGGACAGCCCUCUGUGCCCAGGGUUAGAAAUGGCCAUCUGGAGUUCCUUGAAGUGGCUGAAUUCCUCAGCCAGAGAUCCUGGGCUUGAAUCUGGGCUCAGCUACAUACUAAGGGUGUUACAUCAGAUGAGCCACUUACUUCUCGGUGCCUCCGUGUUCUCCUCUGAAAAAUGCGGGUAAUAUGAUGUUUACUAAGUACACCGUUAAGUGGGGAAAAUGCAUGAUUUGCAUUGUUCAAUAUAUCAUUAUGUUAGCCAUGUUUUUACCUCAGCAGGGUGGAGAGAGGUUUCAGCUCGUUACUACACACUUCAAUCUUGCUUGACUAUUUUUAAGAACUUGUAUUAUUUUUUAAAAAGUAAAUCUAUUUUUAAAUGUAACUCUCUGGUGGGAGAAUAUAACUGCAGUACAUAUAUUUCACAAAGGACUUGUCUCUAGAAUAUGUAAAGAUCUUCUACAAAUCAAUAAGAAAAAGGUAGAUAGCUCAAUAGAAAAACAGGUAUUCAAACGGCCAAUAAACCUAUAGAAAGAUGCUCGAUUUCAGUAGCUGUCAAGGAAACAAAAAUUCAAAAUUGCAGUGCUAUACCACUAUACAGCCACCAGACUGGCUAAAAUAAUAAAAAUAAUAUCAAGAACAUAAAGUGUUGGUGAGGAUUUAGAACAACUGGAACUCUCAUACACUGCUGGUGGGAGUGAGAAUUGAUACGACCACCUGGAAAAAUGUUUUGUACUCUCUACUAAUGCUGAACAUACGAGCCAGAAAUUCCGCUCCUCGGUGUGUACUCAACAGAAGUGCAUAAAAAUGCUCACCAGAUGUAUAUGGGAAUCUUCACAGCUGCACAAAUUGUGGUGGCUGGAGGAUGGAACCCACUCAAAUGGUCACCAACCAUAAGAUGGGUACAUACACUGGAUUGUUCGAGAGGUAAAACAAGUGAAAAGCAACUCCACACAACAUGUAUAAAUUUUGCAAACAUAAUGUUGAGCAAAAGAACCCAGACACAACAGACAGAAUACAUACUAUAUGGUGCCAUUGAUGUAAAGUUUAAAACAGGCAAAACAGAUCUUUGGUGGUAGAAAUCCAGAUCCCGGUGACAGUUUGGGGGUCGUGGCUGGAGGGGGUAGAAGGAAACUUCUGGGUGUCAAGUAAUUAUCUGUUUCUUGAUCUGGGCGCUAGUUGCUCAGAUAUGUUCACUCUACGAAGAAUUCUUGAGUUUUACUUGGCAAUGUAGGCCCUUUGCUGUCUGAAUGUUACUCAGUAAAAAAUUUAAAUUGAAAUUU